AAACAAACAGCCAGAGAUGCCACGGCUACGUUAACACCUCUGACAUUUCACAAGUUGUAUUCUCUUUUUAAAAAAUAUCUCACAGACCUUGAAGAAGAAAUUGUUCUUAAAAAUAAUUGGAUCACAG